AUGGAGUCAUAUUGGGUCAAUGCAACUAUACAGAUCAAAAAAUCGUCUUUUCACAGCAUGAAGAAAUGCGCAAUCAUAAGUGCGCUAUGUAGUGCUGCUCUGGCUGUAGCAGACAUUUCCCAGGAGCUGUUGCCACAACCUCAGCUGUCGUUUGUGUGCCCACCCAUCAAAGCGUCACUUUUGAAAACCCAGGAAUAUCGAGAAAAUUACACUUGCAUAAGCUUCGACGCACGGGAAAGCACCACUUCCACAGUCACUUUCUCCAUCAUGGUAACAGAAUUUUUGGAUUCCAAACAGGAUUUGGGUCGUUUUGGGCUCACCAGUUGUGAGCUAGGCAGACAACAUUUAGAGUUUACAAUAACAGCGCCAAAUGGAGAGCUGCUCCGGUCGCACCGCGACUUAAAGUCUGGACGAACAGUAGUCCAAUUACGUCGCAUUGUUUCAGGCUCGAACUUUGAGUUUUGUUUUUUGAACAUCGUCUAUGAUGCAUCUUGGCGCUCUAUCGACACACACAAGGCAAUCACGCUGUCAGUGGUUAAUCAAGACACUUCAAAACCUCAUAUUUCAAAUCGCUUGACCGAAGAUGCGGUUAACGCUUUGAAGAAUUCCGCAAACAUUUUGUUUUCGCUGGUCAACGAAGAAAGCGGACAAGAGCUCGGGAAACUGGAAAUUCAGCGCCGAGACAUCAACGAAAAUACAUUUUCAUGGCUUCUUACAGCACAAUGCACGCUUUUGCUGGUAAUCGUAUUUGUUACCUUGUUGUGUGCCCAUUCACUUAGUUCCAAACGUUGGAGGAUGAUGACGUCAUCUAGUCAAAAAUGCAGUUGA